AUGACGUACUGCAAAUCGUCUCACAUGAUGGUCGACGGCACCCGUGUGGCUAGGUCAAGAAUAUUCGAGAUCGUCGACCAGGAAGAAGACGCUUUAAUAGCAGACAUGGAUAAUCUUGAUGCCUUGCGACGAUACAUAGCGGCCUCUACGAUACUCAAUCUAGCACAAAACACACUUAUCAAGUUGUGUGGACAUGAUCCCUCGUGGGUGCACCUCAGUGUAAACCACCUUUCUGACAAAGACUCCACACGCUUGGAGCUUGAGAGUGACACGGGAGGUCAAGAACCUCAACUUGAACCUUCGCAAGGCCGAAUAAUACGUCUGCCAGUCGACAUCCUUUGGCUAAUUCUCGGCUUUGUCAAUCAGUCUCCUACUACUUUAAAACGGAAGACAUUGCUUUCCCUCUCGUCUUCGUCCAAGCAGCUCAAGGCUUUAGCUGACUCGUUCAUCUAUUCGCAUCCUAGCAUCACAUGUGUGAGUACACAGUGGCUGUUCCUGUUGAGUUUAAGACUCAGGCCGUCUCUUGGGAACCACGUCAAAUGUCUCACGCUUUUUUGCGAUCAGGACGAACUCAGCCUCAAUUUGAUGCUAUUGACGGAAAUCGCAUCUUGCUGUCGCAACCUCAAGGAUUUACGCAUUCACGACCGCUGUAUGGAGUUUUGUCUGGUGUGUAUCGAGUAUCCGCCAGAAGGUCGUGUGACCUCAACGGACUGGCAUCUCAUCUACAUGGGAUCCUUGUUUGCCAGGUGCCCACAGAUUGAAAACUUCCGUUACAAGACGGGAAGGGACUUUCGUUAUGAGGAUACGUAUCAUUAUACUGUUGACAUAGUCGAAGACAUUCCUGAGAUCCCUUUCGCCCAUUGUCACUUCGCAGAGGGUUUUCAAAUUGCAGGAUCCAAUUUGAAACGCUUGGAUAUUGACGAGGAUAGCACUUGGCUCGUCAAUGCCUUGUUACCUCAUCUCUCGUCUAAUCUGACAGCUUUGGCAAUCGAACGUAACAAUGCAGUCUACGGCGACCAUCCACUUUCUACACUGUCCAUUCAGUGCCCUCAUCUACAGGAACUUGUUUUGGGUUACUCUUUCAGCGAUCCAAUCGAUGUAAGCGAUUUCGUGCAAGCAUGCACAAACUGGCGCUCGACACUCCACACGUUGAAGGUUAAAGACUUCGGGUCACCUGGCUGGCUACCUCAGAUCAUGCCGCUCAUGACUGCCUUGAGGACGUUGAGCUGCGGCUCCCAUUUUCCCUGCCUGGGAGAAGUCUUCACUAGUUUUGACAUAGCAUCUAUCGCUGAGAGCAAAGCACCGCUUGAGCUGAUAAUUCUGAAAAACAUUGGAUUGCCGAUUGAUGCCAUAGCAAGUCAAGAGAUAGAUGAUGCGUUAGUGGACAUGAUCGUGGCUCACUCGUCCCGUUUAAAAAUACUCUCCCUGACAGGACUCAAGUUUGGACAAUCUCUACUCACAGCCUGCAAAAAAGCGAAACAUCUAAGAUAUCUCUAUUUCGAGCAUGGCCACACAAGGUCUCUAACUGAGGUUGACGAUCUCUUGGUUACAUGCCCAAAAUUGGAUUUCAUCGCGUUAUGCCUAUCAAGUCACGGUCAGAAGGAGGAAGUGUGGAGAAGACGAAGAGAAAGAAGUAGGUGGUCGACUACAGGACAAUGUCUUCUCAAUUCCGCAACCCACGGAUUGCACGACAAUGGGAGUCUUAUAGAUUAG